CUAGUAGAUAGAGGAGUUCACUGACGACGUCAACGCCGCUCCCUUGGAGAUGGUCGAAGAUUCCGAAAAAUCCCAAUCCAAAAGGAACAGUUCUCUCUGAUCUGUCCAGGAGGAUACAUGCACUCCCGGUGAGAAAAUCCACUGACAUCUGUGCCAAACGUCUUGAAUUUCAACAUAUUCCACACAGACUCUUAUGUUUUCGGCCUCUGUGGUAUUAGAUUCGCCGGCAGAUUUGGAUGACGAACUCUUUCGUUGUAAGUGAGUGAACAACUACAAUACUGCAUCAUUCAUAUUGUGUGACUUUGGGAUAUGGAUUGAGAUCAAGGGAAAAUAAGGCCGUCCAACACGCUCGAGGAUGAUUGGGAGCUCCCAGUAUCGCUUCUUGAACAAAUGUGAAUGAAUCUCAUCGAGCUAUUGUCGGAUCCCGAAUUCUAGUCAAACGUGGUCUUUUGGUUACACUUUUAAAUCGGACUUCACAAUGAGGUCGCUCAAAAUUCUGGUCACUCUACUCUUCACACUCUGGGUCUUGGUCCCCCCUGGUCACCCUGCUCCUCAAAGGAGUCAGCACAGUCUCAAUCGGCACAAACGAUCUCGCUCAGGGAGACGAAAUGACAAAAUGUUCUCCUUGUUCAAUACGCAGUCCGAGACUCGUUCCAGUCCCAUUUUCCAAAUGGCUCAGACGAAUAAGAGCAAGAAGAAGAAAUUCCUCCAAGCUCAGCGACGAAACUCACCCAUAACUUAUAUCAAACUUCCUGCCACUCCCUACACCUUCGAAGAGGGCCAAGGGUUCGUGUCUAAACCCGCGUCUAAUCCUUUCAUGAACAUUUUCAGUGGAAUGAUUCAAAGCGCAAAGGCUUCGGAGACAAUUCAGAGCCGAGUAAAGGCCCGACCAAGCCCAAUCUUUAGCAUAAAUCCUGCUCAGCCAGCAAAAAAAAACGUUCCGGAGGAAAUCGAACAGGAUCGAACCUCUCUGACUAGCCCCAGGCAGAAUUCAAAUUCUGGCCAAACCAGCACUAAAGGCUCAUCUUUAUUGAAUUUGGGGUUUUUGAAGUCGAUCGCCAAGGUGUAUCGGCCCCCAGUGAAAUACCUUUCCAAUGGAAGACCGUAUAAUGUUUACCAGUGGCCUUACGCAGCUUUAAUGACUUCAACAACUACCACAACCACGACCACAACCACUACAACAACAACCACCACCACCCAAGCCACAAUAUCUGUCACGGAAAACGACAGAGGCAAGAGCGACAAUACCAUUGACAAGACUCAGAAUAGUCCUAUUAUUUGGUUGGGCAAGUUCCUUUUCAACGGGAUGCCCAACUCCGUGACCCGUUUCCAGUCACCCUUUUCGCCCUUGUAUUGGUACGAUUCAAUCAAAGAUAUCAAAUAUCCAUCUUCAAAAUUGUUCAACAAGCUCUUUUGAGUUGGACGAGCUCGUGGCUUUCAAAUAUGCCGCCCACGAGAAACGAAAGCAAGAAAAAACUACUAGUGCCAAUAACAACAUGAAUUCAUGGAACCAGUCAUCAAUAUUUUACAAGAAUAGAGUAGAACAUUUCUACACCUGUAAAUUGUUAUUGUUUCAGUGCGUCCGAGGGACUUUCCCUCAGUUUUAGAUGGAUGUUUUGGAGCAAUGGGAUGGAACCUUGAUGAAGAGGUGUUGAAUAUUUUAUAAAUCUGUACAGAUCUAUGGCAUUCUAUUUCAGCAUUUGGAAUUCCAAAUUAUUAUCAACAUUGAUUGUUUCCAAUUCCACAUUUUGUCCACCUUAUUCUGAAUAAACUGUCAUUAAACAA